GCCACGGAGGACAUCGAGAGCAAGCCUGAAGUGGUCACUGAGAGAGCUCAGGCCGCGGAGGAGAUCGAGAGCAAGGUACCAGUGGCCGUUGAGAUGGUUCAGGCUGCGGAGGACAUCGAGAGAAAGCCUGAAGUGGCCAUUGAGAUGGCUCAGGCCGCGGAGGACACCGAGAGCAAGCCUGUAGUGGGCAUCGAGAUGGCUCAG